GUACGGCUCCCCACCAGGGCACGGAGGAUGAUGAAGCUCAAGUCGAACCAGACCCGCACCUACGAAGGCGACAGCUACAAAAAGAGGGCCGCGUGCCUGUGCUUCCGCAGCGAGAGUGAGGAGGUGCUGCUUGUGAGCAGUAGCGGCCAUCCAGACCGAUGGAUUGUCCCUGGAGAAGGCAUGGAGCCCGAGGAGGAGCCAAGUGUGGCAGCGGUCCGGGAAGUCUGCGAGGAGGCUGGAGUGAAAGGGACACUGGGAAGACUGGUUGGAAUUUUUGAGAACCAGGAGAGGAAGCACAGGACGUAUGUGUAUGUGCUCAUUGUCAUGGAAGUGCUGGAAGACUGGGAAGACUCAGUGAAGAUUGGACGGAAGAGAGAGUGGUUUAAAAUAGAAGACGCCAUUAAAGUGCUGCUGUGUCACAAGCCCGUGCAGGCCUCGUACUUCGAGACGCUGAGGCAAGGCUACUCUGCCAACAAUGGCACCCCUGUCAUGGCCACCUCGCACUCCAGCUCUAUGUCAGGUAUCAGAUGA